UCAAGGCCAGUGUGUCCAUUGGUGUCAGGGAUUCUGCUUGGAAUCUGCUCCAAGUGGGGAGAAGACCUCACAAAUGGUUUGGAUGAUUCUAGUAGAUUGCCAAUAGAAAUCCAUUGGCAUCAUGCAAUCCCAUUUGUGAUCGGUGAUUCUCCCACUCCUACUUUUCUGGAAGAAAGUAGUAAAGAGGUCUGGAUACUGGAAGGUCUGCUUGACUCCAUCCGUGACGUCACGAAUGUGCAGUUCAGCAGUGUAGGGGUAGAGAGUAGCAGAGAUGUCAGGGAUGCUUUCAUGUUUAUGAUUGGUCACGACGCGUCGGUCGUCUACACUGCCCUCUACCUGCCUCUGUACCUAAUUUGAACUGCUCGUCCAUGAUUAUACCGACGAAGCUUGCGGCAUUUAUACAUUUGUAUGUUCGUCAAUGUUGUGUAUCAUGCAUGCAUGCAGCAUCUGUACAAAACCUGAACGAAAGUAAAUAAAUUUAUCAAGCAUACAUGCAUCAUUUUUAAAAUAUGAAUUGAAAGAACAAGAAAAGCUCAUCAAAUAUAUUUGUAUUAAGUACUACAUGUUUAAAAACGUAUAAUUAAUUGUACUCAACCGUGGAGAUAGCUGCAACAAUGUUUGCACGUUUUACAAAUAUACGAAAUCUAUUGAAUGUCAACAAUAGCAGUGCAGUUGCAGGUGUACUAAAUGUAAAUAGGCAUUCGGACGUUAUAUCUAAACUUUAUACCACAGAGGAAACUGAAAAAAGCAAAAUUUUAUUUCGUGAAAAAGAGAAAAAGCCAACUAAAACAAUCAGUAAGGCUAUGAAAUUGUAUUUGGAGAGAUCCAAAGAAUAUAAUACAUUUAUGGAAAGGGAGACAUUAAAGUAUGAACUUGGAAAGCGACAUUUAGCUAAUAUGAUGGGUGAAGAUCCAGAAUCUUUUAAUGAAUUAAAGAUUCAAAGAGCUAUAAGGUAUCUGUUUCCUUCUGGGAUUUAUGAUAAGAAUGCACGUCCGAUGAUGACUCAUCCACUAAAAAUAUUUGGACAUAAGCCAGAAGCAGCAUUUGAUGGUACUGGUAGACCAAAUCAUUUCCUAUUCUAUACCUGCAAACCUAACUAUUAUGAAAUAUUAUAUAACGUUGCAGAGUCCAUAAAACAGUUAAAUGAAAAGGAAGAUGCAAUGAUUAUAGAAGGAAGGUUACUUUCUCCUGAAAAUAAGUUAGAUGUAUUGGGAUCUACUUGGUUAUCAAAAGAUGGACUGGAAAGCAAGUUAUUAGAAAUAAUUAGUGACAAUGAUUACGAUUAUUUGAUUAAAUCUUUGGAAGCAUUGGUACAGCAUCCCUUAUCUGCUGAUAAAACUGAAUUCAUUAUGAAAUACAGAAAAUUAUUGCAAAGUUUUAGUAGCGAUAUGAAGAUACCAAAGCUCCGAUAUGAUAGUAAUGAUAGGCCUUUUGUCGUAGCUAACCCAUGUAAAAGAAAAUCUGCAAUAGGAAAAGUUAAAGUGACUGGCGGAGGAACUGGAAUUAUUACCAUCAACGGAAAGGAUAUUUCCUUCUUUGAGACUGUGCAGUACCGUGAACAGUGCCAUUGAUAUGGAAUUUGAAGACAAUGCGCACAGUUCUCUAAUA